AUGUCAUUAGGUGAAGUCGCAGAAGUGUGUUAUAAUAUAACGAGUUCAUUCCUUCGACUUCAAUUAAAUGCAACAGAGAUAACCAAAGAAACACAAAGGGCAGUGUUAAGAACGCGUCAUUAUUUCUUAAACGAUAUUUUUCCCUAUUGGAAUCCAUUAAACAAUGAGAUUUCAUUUGCAUACAAUGGUGGUAAAGAUUGCCAAGUAUUAUUAUUAUUAUAUUUAAGUGCUUUGUGGGAAUAUUAUAUGAUUCAAAUAUGCACGUCACAAUAUGAGCCAAAAUUCCAUAGUUUUCCGUUAAAAAAAUUGCCAACGGUUUUCAUUAAUUCAAAUGAGACCUUCCCUGCCUUGGAAUCAUUUAUAACAAUGACAACGCAAAGAUAUCAUUUAUCGUUGUAUGAGGAUAAACAAUUCAGUGGUUGCAGUAAUGAUAUGGCGACAGAGUUUCAAAAAUACCUGGAUUUGAAUCCUAUGACAAAAGCGAUUAUUAUUGGGGUAAGACACAGUGAUCCACAUGGAGAUAUGUUGAAAACUGUACAGAUGACGGAUUCCAAUUGGCCACAGUUUAUUAGAUUACAGCCGCUAUUAGAAUGGGAUCUAGCUAAUAUAUGGAGUUUCUUACUGUACUCAGGUGAACCUAUAUGUCCAUUAUAUAGGUAUGGGUAUACUUCAUUAGGAGGGAUUAACAAUACCAUACCAAAUCCAUACCUGAAAAAACAAAGUAAUAGUAAUCAAAAUUAUGAUAAAGAUUUGAAUGAUACCAUUAACAAUUUCCCCUUCCAAUAUGAGUUAAAUAAUUCAAUAAGAACUUCAACUCAAUCCAAUUCAAAAAGAUGGGAGACUGAUGAUGCUGAUUUAAUAGCAUUAAAUGACAAAUAUUUACCUGGCUGGUACUUAAUUGAUGAUUCUAAGGAAAGAGCGGGAAGAAUAAAAAUUCAUAAAAACAAAGGAUAA